AUGGAGCCGCCCGUGCAGUUGGCCCUGGCAGGGUUAUUCAUAGCGCAACUGGUAUUUCUUGCCUUUCGGGUUCGAAGCUUAGCCGUCAAAACAGAAGGAUCUAUUGCAGCCGAUGUUCUCAGCGCUCUGGCGACAUUGGCAGCAGUUGUUCUAUCCUUCGUCAGCCAUCAACGCUCUCAACGGCCCUCCACCAUCCUGAAUCUAUUUCUAUCUGUCUCAAUUCUACUCAAUGCCGCUCGAACACGCACACUUUGGCUGCUACCGCGUAAUGUCGGCAACUCGAGAGCAGCCACCGCCAUGAGCAUCGUUCUUUCUUUGUUUCUGGUAUCACUGGCACUAGAGUCGGUGGAGACAAAAGCAAAAAGACUGAAAGCUGGUUCCCCAGAGCAGCACAGCGGAAUUUGGCCUCGGACUUGCUUUACAUGGCUGGCUUCCACAUUCCGAACCGGCUACGCGCAGGUCCUUACGUUAGACGAUCUGCCGCCGCUUGAUACGAAACUGGAAAGCCAGGCUACGUGUGAGAGGCUCAUAGAGGCAUGGAAUAGAUACAACCACCAAGAGCCACACAGCCUGGUUCGUGCAUGCUUUCGUGCUAACCUAGCAUCAUUUCUAUCUCCCAUUAUACCACGUCUUUGUGUGAUAGCGUUCAACUUCGCACAGCCCUUCCUAAUCAACACCACACUACAAGCUAUCGAUCCGUCACAGCCCCGCACAAAUGAGAGCAGAGGACUCAUUGGUGCCUGGGCACUCGUGUAUCUCGGGAUAGCAGCCUCUAAUUCAAUCUACCAAUAUCAGAAUUUUAGAUUCGUCACGCGAGUACGAGGAGCCCUGAUCACAACCAUUUAUCAUCACACUCUCCAAACACGAGUGGCCGAUUCAGGCGACAUUACCGCCGUUUCUCUUAUGGGUACGGAUGUGGAGCGCAUAGUGAAUGGCCUAGAGCUCUUCCAUGAAACAUGGGGCGCAUUGGUUGAAAUUGGGAUUGCGUGCUGGCUACUCGGUCGUCAGCUCUCCGUAGCCUGCAUCGCCCCCUUGAUCCUGGUACUUCUAUUUGUGGCGGGAAGUUCAAAGUUAUCGGUUUCAAUGAAUACCGCCCAACGAAGAUGGAUAGAGAAGGUCCAGGAACGGCUUCGCGUUACCUCUGCGAUGCUCAGUGACAUGAAAGCCGUGAAGAUGUUGGGACUUUCGGGAGUCCUGCUGCCAGUGAUCCAAGGUUUUCGCAGUCGCGAAAUCGAGACCUCGCGCUCAUACCGAAAGCUUCUCGUCGCCAUGCUAUUACUGUCCUUGACGCCGAUCAACCUGGCCCCUGUAGUGACCUUUGGCAUAUACACCAUCAUCGCUGUGUUCUGGAAAAGCCAAACCCUUCUUCUGACGCAGGCCUUUACCUCCCUAUCAUUGAUCUCUUUGUUGACGACCCCGGUGAUCGUUUUCAUCCAAACGAUGCCAAUGGUAUUCCAGUGCGUCGGUAAUUUUGAUCGCAUUCAAGAGUAUUGCAAUUACUCUUCCCAGACGAGAAAUGUCCCUCACAGUGGCGACGGUUCCCGGACGCCUUGUUCAACGUCAGAGGAAGAGACAACACUUGAGUCUGUACCGCUGGGAACGCUUUCUAAGGGCGAAUCGCAUUCUCAUUCCCUCUUCCACGCAGACCUUCGCCUGGACGGCCAUGGAUUUGCUUGGAACCGCUCCAGCGCUGACCCGGCCCUCCAUGACCUCCAAAUUGCCAUCAAGCGGGGCAGUAUAACCGCGAUUAUUGGGCCAGUCGGAAGCGGGAAGUCCAGUUUCUUACACGCCCUGCUCGGAGAGCUCGUUGAUAUCCCGUCAGAGCUUGGAUUAUCCAGGCGGGACAAGGUCGAUCCCAGAGCAUGCAAGGCCAUGGCCUACUGUGCCCAACACCCGUGGCUAGAGAAUCACACCAUCCGCGAGAACAUCCGAGGGUCGUCGCCAUGGGAUUUGAAGUGGUAUCAUUGCGUAUUGUCGGCCUGUGCUCUUGAGACCGAUCUAGCGCAGCUGGAGAAAGGGGAUUUCACUCUCGUGGGAAGCGAUGGCGUGAAGUUGAGCGGGGGACAGAAGCAGCGGAUCGCUUUGGCUCGGGCCGUCUAUUCCAAGCGAAGCAUCAUACUGCUGGAUGAUGUGUUUAGCGGUAUAGACAUGCACACGGUCCAAAGCGUGUCGCGCAGGCUGCUCGGACGCGACACAGGGCUUUUGCGCAAUGAUAACACUACCGUUGUGUUGACUACUCAUAACCCCAGAAUCAUGAUGCUGGCGGACAGGAUCAUCGUCCUUAGAGAAGGUAGAAUGGUAGAGUCUGGGAGCCCUUCCUCUUUGGCUCAGAAAGACGAAGGCUAUGUCAAAGAGCUUGGUCUUUGCGUGACCAGCCCGUGGGACAAAGAGUCAAUUGAUAAAGACAGUGCGUUGACUGCGAAAGAGGUUUCGCCCACAGCAGGCCUGACUUCCGCAUCAUCCAGGGAGGGCGAUAUGCAUUCCGCCUUAAUUGUAGAUCCGACGAGCAACCCACCAACCGACCUAAGGCGAAAGAAUGGAGACCUGUCAAUUUACAGGUAUUAUCUCACCAGCUCGGGCUACGUGGCUGUCGGGCUUUAUGCUCUGUUCAUGGUCCUAUGGAUCUUCUUUACCGAGUUCUCAGUGAUAUGGGUUAGUUGGUGGUCAGAGGCCAAUGAGACACAUCCCAACCAGAAGGUAGCUAUGUACAUGGGCGUCUAUGCGAUGAUGGGGGUUCUGGGGACAUUUGCUGCUUGCCUCGCUGCGUGGGUUGCUUUCGUUUCAAUCGUGAGCAAUUCAGCAACCAGCAUUCAUUUCGAUCUGCUCGCCGCUACCCUUAAGGCACCAUUUCGCUUCUUCGCAAGCACCGAUAACGGUGAACUUAUCAACAGAUUUAGCGAGGACAUGGAGCUCAUAGACAUGGACCUCCCAUCGACAGCCCUGAACUAUACUUCAAGUAUUCUCCCCUCUCCCAACAAUGUGUUCCUUUCCAGACCACUGACAACCAUAAAAGCGGCUAUAUCCUGCCUUGCCCAAGUGAUAAUACUAGCUAUCUUCUCCCGCUCCCUCGCCAUCGCGGUCCCGCUCGUCUUUGCCCUGCUCUAUGUUCUACAGCGCUUCUACCUCCAAACCUCCCGACAGAUGCGUCUCCUGAUGAUCGAAGCUAAAGCCCCACUAUACACCCAUUUCACCAACACCGAGUCAACAUACCGGUCCGGGGCAACCACUAUCCGCGCCUUUGGCUGGACCCAUGACUAUCAGCACCGCGCCGCCCGCCUGGCGGAUCAUUCGCAGCGCCCAGCCUACCUGCAAAGCUGUAUCCAACACUGGCUAACCUUCGCGCUCAACGUCCUGAUGGCCGCCCUAGUGGUGAUUCUUGUUGGGACUGUGGUAACCUGGCACCGCCAGCUGGACAUCCGCGUCGGCGGCCGCUUCGUGACGGAGACGGAGGCCGAGGAUGCAGGGCAGGAAUAUGAGACGGCGGGUGGGACGAUAGCGCCGUGGCCACGGCCUGGUGCUGUGGAGUUUGAAGGCGUGGUGGCGGGGUUUACAGCCCCGGGUUCCUCCAGCCUUCCCGCCGCCGAUGCAGCCCUGAAAGCCAUCACCCUCUCAGUUCAACCAGGGGAGCACCUCGCUAUCUGUGGCCGAUCAGGGAGUGGCAAGACAUCGCUGCUUCUUGCCCUACUACGCAUGGUGGAGGUGCUCGAGGGCCAGAUCCUAGUAGAGGGGCGGGUAGCCGUUGCUGCUGGCGCAUUCGCCGCGCAGGAGGCGGAUGAAUUCCGCCGCCGCCUCAACGUGGUCCCCCAGGAUCCGUUUUUCCUGAAAGGUGCCAGUGUACGGUUCAAUCUCGAUCUGUACUCCGAGGCACAGUCCGAGGAAGAACUUGUGGGUGCGCUGCACCGAGUAGGGUUGUGGGAACUGGUGCAUGCGCAAGGAGGUCUGGACACGGUUGUGGAUACCUUGCCUUUAUCGGCAGGGCAGCAACAGCUGUUCUGCUUUGCGCGGGCGAUUGUUCGGCGGCGGAACUGUAGUAUCCUUGUUUUGGAUGAGGCGACGAUGGAUAGUGAGGCAGCGGCCCUCGUGCAGAGUAUUAUUGACUCGGAGUUCCGGGAAUGCACCGUUCUAGCAGUGAUGCAUGUGUUAACGCAUAUCGAGGCCUACGAUCGAGUGGCGGUUUUGGACGGGGGAGCGCUGGUGGAGGUUGGGCCUCCAGCGGAGUUACUGGCUGGUGAGACACGGCUCGCGGGCUUGUAUAGCAUGCAUCUGGGUUAA